CUGCGUAGCUCACAUCACCUAUAGUCACUAGAAUUAAGGAACCAAAGAGACAUGUAGCUUCCGGCGGUCUCUAGCCAAGACCCAGACCGGAGGGAGGCGGGGCGAGGCUGGCGUAGACCUGCCCCCGGCAGCCGUCAAGCGACCUAGGCGUGUUUUGCGACAUCAGGCGAGGAGCCUUUUCCGGCGGGUACGCGGACCCUGAGGCCGCCAAGGCAAGCUCUUUUAGUAUGUAUGGCUCCCCCCAGGAACCCUGGCUCCUGGCCAUAGCGGCGCGCUUCUCUGUCUAGAGAGAGGUGCUAAGGAGGCUCUGAGCUACCCCACUAGGUGACCUUAGUCUAGCCCCCUGCUAGUGUGCCUGAGAUCUCUCUCCUGAACGGUGGAGGACACGGGCUGGCCCGGGGCAGGAGGAGCUCCGGGCUGCAGGGUCAGGACCGGAGGAGAUGCCCCUCCACGUGAAGUGGCCGUUUCCCGCGGUGCCCCGGCUCACCUGGACCAUAGCCAGCAGCGUCGUCAUGGGCCUGGUGGGCACCUACAGCUGCUUCUGGACCAAGUACAUGAACCAACUUACCGUGCACAACAAAGAAGUGUUGUAUGAGCUCAUUGAGAACCGAGGCCCUGCCACACCCCUCAUCACCGUCUCCAACCACCAAUCCUGCAUGGAUGACCCUCAUCUAUGGGGAAUCCUGAAACUUCGCCACAUCUGGAACCUGAAGUUGAUGCGUUGGACCCCAGCAGCUGCAGACAUCUGCUUCACCAAGGAGCUGCACUCUCAUUUCUUCAGCUUGGGCAAAUGUGUGCCUGUGUGUCGAGGAGAUGGUGUCUACCAGAAAGGGAUGGACUUCAUUUUGGAGAAGCUUAACCAUGGGGACUGGGUACACAUCUUUCCAGAAGGGAAAGUAAACAUGAGUUCUGAGUUCCUGCGCUUCAAAUGGGUAGGAAUUGGACGGCUGAUUGCUGAGUGUCAUCUAAAUCCCAUCAUCCUGCCACUAUGGCAUGUUGGAAUGAAUGAUGUCCUCCCUAAUAGCCCACCCUACUUCCCCCGAUUUGGACAGAAAAUCACCGUGCUGAUCGGGAAGCCCUUCAGUGCACUCCCUGUGCUUGAGCGGCUCCGGGCAGAAAACAAGUCAGCUGUGGAGAUUCGGAAAGCCAUCACAGACUUCAUUCAAGAGGAAUUCCAGCGGCUGAAGAUGCAGGCGGAACAGCUCCACAACCAUUUCCAGCCUGGAAGAUAGGUUUUGCCUGCCCUGUCUGUGCCGUGAAAUCCUUAGCCAAGGAAGCACUGGAUCUUCCCUUGGGAGGGUUUGGGAAGUGGUGGUGCAGGACCCUGCCCAACCCUGCUUGGCUCUGUACUGCCUUUGAGAUUCUUCCCUGCACAAAACUGAGGCUGGAAGAUGAACUGAUGCUUUUAACUCAGAUAGAUUGGCUCAUAAUCCCUGUUGUAUACUCUUUCUUU